CCUUUCUUAGUUUCUCUUCUUCAUUUUAUAAUUGGUCUUACUCAUCUGAGAACUAGUAAUUGUUUCUGCUUUAAGAUAUGUUUGAUAUGAUAGUGCUCAUGCUGAUUCUGUGUGUUUGUAACUUUGUAUAUGUACCCCAUAUUCCAAAGUUUGGAUAUUUUGUGUAUUCUGGACGCUGGAAUGAGAUUCUGGGAUUUUAAGAGUCUCAUCUUUUGCUCCUACAAAUUGGUGAUACUUUUUCAGUAUCAACUAUGUUGAAGUCACCUAGUAGAAACCAGAGGGUAAAAGGCUUCAAGGUGAAGCAUGCUGUUCAGAUAUUGUUGUUGGUUACUAUAUGCAUCUGGCUGGUUUACCAACUGAAUCACUCCCAUGGUAAAAAAAUACUUGAAGUGAGCUCUGCAGACAAGAUAUCAGGACAAGUGCAAAAUGAGCAUGGAUUACUAGAACUUGGGCGAAAGGGACUCCAUCCUCGUGUGGAAGAAACUCCGGUGGGUGUUGAAAGCCAUACGGAAAAGGAAGAAUCUGAAGAAGAGCUGGAUGAGACUAAAGCUGAUGAAACUGAGGAGGAAGGAAGAGGAGGUGAAGAUGAAGUUGACGGGCAUGUUCAAGAGAAAUCUGUGGAGGAAUCUGAGGGGGUAGAGGAUUUGAUUGAUGAAGAUGAUACGGAGAGAGAAGAAGUGGAAGAAACUGCAGAGAGUGAUGAGAAAGGAAAUGAUUUAGAGGAUCAAGUACAAAUUAAAGAUACAAGGUAUAGCCAAGAGGCAAGAGAGGAGCAAUACAAGGGUGAUGAUGCAUCCAGUGCUGUGAAGCAGAACAUCCUUACUAUAAGCAACCAAAUCGAAGUUGGAAGCUUGAGACGAGUGAAGGAAGAGGAGGUAGACAGUGCAGAACUUAUUGACUUACGGGAAGAUUCUAAAGCCAGUGGUGAAAAAAAGAGGUAAGCAGUUUGGUUCAGUUCAGUCAAGAUAGAUGGCCAAACAUAUGCUGCUUCAUCAAAUAA